CUUUCUUUUCUUUCUCUUUCCAGAUGUCUGACGAUAUUGACUGGUUCCGCAGCCACAGGGGUGUGUGCAAGGUAGAUCUCUACAACCCAGCAGGACAGCAAGAUCAGGACCGAAAAGUGGAUGCUGCUGGUUCCAGCUCAGAAGGCAACUUAAACCUGGGAAAUCUGGAAGAAAAAGAGAUUAUCGUGAUCAAGGAUACUGAGAAGAAAGACCAGUCUAAGACGGAGGGAUCUGUGUGCCUUUUCAAACAAGCUCCCUCUGAUCCCGUAAGUGUCCUCAACUGGCUUCUCAGUGAUCUCCAGAAGUAUGCCUUGGGUUUCCAACAUGCAUUGAGCCCCUCAACCUCUACCUGUAAACAUAAAGUAGAAGACACAGAGGGCGAAUAUCACACAGAAUCCUCGAACUGCUACAGCGUCUAUGCUGAUCAAGUGAACAUAGAUUAUUUGAUGAACAGACCUCAAAACCUACGCCUAGAAAUAACGGCAGCUAAAAACACCAACAAUAAUGAAAGUCCUUCAGCUACUCCAGCCAAACCUCCUAGCACUCAGAGAGCAGUCAUUUCCCCUGAUGGAGAAUGUUCUAUAGAUGACCUUUCCUUCUACGUCAACCGACUAUCUUCUCUGGCAAUCCAGAUGGCCCAUAAGGAAAUCAAGGAGGAGUUGGAAGGUAGAAGCAAAUGCCUUCAUCAUUCAAUCUAUCCAUUCCCUGGGAACAAAGAGAGAAUCGGUCCCCAAACUGCUGUGAGCAGAAUUGCCUCUGAAAUGGCCCAUGAAGCUGUGGAACUGACCGCUGCAGAAAUGCAUGGCACUGAGGAGAAGUCCAGGGAAGGUGGCCAGAAAAGCUUUCUAUAUAGUGAAUUAUCCAACAAGAGCAAAAGUGGAGACAAACAGAUGUCCCAGAGCAAAGAAUUUGCAGAUUCCAUCAGCAAGGGGCUCAUGGUUUAUGCAAAUCAGGUGGCAUCUGACAUGAUGGUCUCUGUGAUGAAGACCUUGAAAGUGCACAGCUCUGGGAAGCCAGUUCCAGCGUGUGUGGUCCUGGACACCAAGGAGAUUGUGUCCGAUUUGAUUGAUUCCUGAAUGAAGAACCUGCAUAAUAUUACUGGGGUCCUGAUGACUGACUCAGACUUUGUCUCAGCUGUCAAGAGAAAUCUGUUCAUCCAAUGGAAACAAAAUGCUGUAGACAUCAUGGAGGCCAUGCUGAAGCGCUUGGUCAGUGCACUUAUUGGUGAGGAGAAGGAGACUAAGUCUCAGAGUCUGUCAUAUGCAUCUUUAAAAGCUGGGUCCCAUGAUCCCAAAUGCAGGAACCAGAGUCUUGAAUUCUCCACCAUGAAAGCUGAAAUGAAAGGGAGGGACAAAGGCAAAAUGAAAUCAGAUCCAUGCAAGUCGCUGACUAGUGCUGAGAAAGUCGGUGAACACAUUCUCAAGGAGGGCCUGACCAUCUGGAACCAAAAGCAAGGAAACCCACGCAAGGUGGCUACCAAAGCAUGCAGCAAUACAGGUGAGAAAGGAGAAAAGAUCAGUGCUUUCACAGAUUCAGUGGCCAAGGACCUGAUUGUCUCUGCCCUUAAGCUGAUCCAGUACCAUCUGACCCAGCAGACUAAGGGCAAAGAUACAUGUGAAGAAGACUGUCCUGGUUCCACCAUGGGCUAUAUGGCUCAGAGUACUCAAAAUGAAAAGUGGGAAGGUGGCCAAGGUGCCAAAGCACUUUCAGUGAAACACCUAGAAUCUCACAGAGCCCCUGGACCACAGAACUAUCAAGACUCUCUUGGACAUGAAGUAAUUGUCAAUAAUCAGUGCUCUACAAAUAGCUUGCAGAAGCAGCUCCAGGCUGUCCUGCAGUGGAUUGCAGCCUCCCAGUUUAACGUGCCCAUGCUCUACUUCAUGGGAGAUAAGGAUGGACAACUGGAAAAGCUUCCUCAGGUUUCAGCUAAAGCAGCAGAGAAGGGGUACAGUGUAGGAGGUCCUCUUCAAGAGGUCAUGAAGUUUGCCAAGGAAUGGCAACUGGAUGAAGCCGUGGGAAAGGUGGCCAGGAAACAGUUGCUGGACUGGCUGCUCGCUAACCUAUGAGCUGACAAUUUCUUUGACUCGUCUUCAUCUUAGCCCCCCUAGCAGCAUUCCAUCCCAGCCAGAGCACCACCACCAUCAGGCCAGUCAACUGCACAAUACACAACUGUGUUUCCCAAUACACUUGAGCAGUUGCCUGUGAAUGUAAGAGGUGUCAACAAACUGGGAAAGAAAAUGAAU